GGUGUAGUAAGGGACAGAUCAAUAGCCAAGCGUCCUCCGAGUUUCGGAGUCUCUAGCGUCGCGCACUCGCGUACCGAACUUCGUCCCGACAGCACGCAUUUCACCCUAGCACAAGAAAUCCAACUGCGAAUAUGGAGUAUAAACAGUGCGGUUGGAUGGUUGCUGGUUUGAUCCUACUACUGGUGGCUAUAGCUUCAGCUGAAGGAGAAGUUUUGGAGAAAGGCGAUCAUGAAGCUCUCGUCCGCAACGAAAGAGGCGCUAAAAGUAGAGAGACAUGUCGCUACGUUCGUGGCGCUUGGUCCGAAUGCGAUUCUAAGACGAACAUACGUUCGCGAACGCUUACUUUGAAAAAAGGAGAUGUUUCGAACUGCGAACGUACAAAGACUAUUCAGAAGAAAUGUAAAAAAGCGUGUCGUUACGAGAAAUCGUCAUGGAGCGAAUGUAGUCCCAAUGGUGAGAUGUCCAGGACUGACAUGUUGAAAGCAAACAGCGACCCGACUUGCGACCAAAGCCGACGCAUUACUAAAAAAUGCAACAAAAACAAACAAGUCAAGUCCACCAAAGAUAAGGGUCGCAGAAAUCGUCAGUAAAGUGUGUUUGUAGCUGUGCCUACUAUUUAGAUUAUAACAACGUUUUUAUUAUAAAAUUGUCAUGAUUGUUCGUUGAUUCUAAUUUAUGUAAUAGCGCCAAUAUCAUGAAGUGUUGGUUUUAAAGUUAUUGUAUUUUAAGCAUUUAUUAGUAACAAUGUAAUAACAAUACUGUUUUACUCUUUGACAUUUCAAUGUUCGAAACUUUAAAUAUUCGUAAUUAGAUGCCUUUUCAUUUUAUCAUAAUAGUUAAGUUAAAUAUUUGAUAUUAAAUAAAUGAGUACUUAGC